AUGGGCAUUAUCUCCACAGAAAUGCAACAAGCAGUUCUCAUCACUUGCCUUUGCUUAAUCUUAGUGGCUUUUUCCAAAGUUCAUGGAGAAACCCAAGAACCCUGCAAAGAAUUGAAGUGUAGCUAUCAUGGCCCUGCUAUCCAUUUCCCUUUCAGGAUCAAAGAUAGACACCCAGAUUAUUGUGGAUAUCCUGGGUUUGCUGUAUCUUGCAAUGACAGACAUGAGACUUUUCUUGAGCUCCCAACAAUUCCGGUCAAACUCUCUGUGGAAUCUAUAAAUUAUGAGCGUCAGGAAAUGUAUCUAUAUGACCCCGAUAAUUGCCUGGUGGCAAAGCUUAUAGAAAUCCGCAACAUGUCAUUCUCUCCCUUCUACGUAAUCGACCCUCAGAACAUUACGCUAUUCAAUUGUUCUUCUUUAGUUAUUCGGGAUGAGGGACUGGAUCUAUAUCCAAAUUAUCCUGUGGCUGCCCCAUGCCUUAACAGCCUCGGCCACCAAGUUUAUGCAGUUGAUUCUGCUGAUCACGUUGAAGACCUACAAUCAUGUACCAAGAUGUAUAAUGUUUUCUCAGUCCCUUUUUAUUCUCAGAGCGUGGUUCCUUUCCGAUGGUCUAAACCAAAUUGUACAGAAUGUGAUGCAGAGGGAAAGAAGUGUAGAUUGAAGAACAGUGACACUAACAAUGAAAUUGAAUGUGUACUGGACUUGAGGAAAGCAAAUAAGAAACGGGAUAGGUUAAGGAUAUCAUGGGAAUAUGAGCCUCAAUUAGUCUCUUAUUACUUUGUUAAAGAUCUUUAA